UAGUGGGUGUGAAAAGGGAAACUGAAAAUCCGACAUCCAUAGUGAGCGUGAGCAGUAACAACCGCUGUAGUUAUUGUAGCAGUUUGCAAGUUGAACUUCCCAUUGAGCUGUUGAGUGUUGAAAGCGCGAAUAUGGAAUCGUCAGUGCCUUGCGGACACUCAAACCCACUUCUCUCAUUCUCCAACUUCAUCCAUCAAAACUGCCCUCAACCCAAACACGCCCUCGCCGCUGCCGCUACUCUCAGCUCCCAGCAGGUGGCCAAGUCCCUCGCCGGCACCAAACUCUUCACCGUCAGCAAUUCCAACAAUGAGUUCGUUCUCAUCUCCGAUGCUGAAGGAGCUAAGUCUAUUGGAUUGCUCUGCUUUCGCCAAGAGGACGCUGAAGCCUUUCUUGCUCAGGUUCGAUCACGGAGAAGAGAACUUCGAGGCAAACCUAGGGUUGUUCCCAUAAAUCUGGACCAGGUAUAUAUGCUGAAGGUUGAAGGCAUUGCAUUCCGAUUUUUACCUGAUCCAAUUCAAAUAAAGAAUGCCAUAGAGCUCAAAGCAGGCAAAGGCAACAAGGGAAGUUUUGAUGGAGUCCCUGUUUUUCAGUCAGACCUUUUGGUUGUGAAGAAGAAGAAUAAGCGUUACUGCCCUGUAUAUUUCUCAAAGGAAGAUAUUGAGCAUGAACUAUCCAAGGUUUCUAGGGCAUCUAGAGGAGUUGGAGUUUCUCAGAAUAUAAUGGUUGGUAGCUUGGAAGAUGUACUGAAAAAAAUGGAGAUGAGCGAAAGGAAUUCAGGAUGGGAAGAUUUAAUUUUUAUUCCACCAGGAAAAAGCCACUCGCAACACAUACAAGAAAUUGAGGCUUGAUUUACAGGUUGCAAAGUUGAGCUAACCAAAGUUUUUAUGUGGGUUUUUAUGAGCAAAUUGGAUGUUGUUACAUUCUAGUCAGAUGAUGCUUUUUUAUAGAUUCUCGGUGGAUACAAGUUACACGUGAAUUUGAAAGGACAAAGCCGCUAACAUCCAUUAAAGAGGUGGAUGGAAUACCAUUUAAGGGUGUUUAAGCAAUAAUGUUUAUAAGUUAAUAAAACGAGAGUUGUACAGUACGGUAUUAUUUUAGCAAUACUUACAAACAAUGUAUUCCUUGAAUUCUACUUUUAUGAGUUCAUGCAUAUUCUUUAA